CGCUUAUUUUCUGUCGGGGCGACCACCAUCAUAAUGAACCAACAGCCAUCUCACUCACCUUCGCAUUCUCAUCCGGAAACUUACGAGCUCGAGCUCGACGCACCAGGACUCGAACGCGACAGCAUCACCCCGACGUUCCAUUUCGUUCCUUCAACUCCAAAUGACGGUGUUAAUGUCCCUGCUGCUCGUUUCCCAGCGGACGCGGACGUAGAGUCGCAGAGGACGACUUCUAUGUCUCUUGAACGCGACUUUCCGGUGCAAAAUCAUGUACCAUUGGAGGUCGGGCAGGGCUCGAAUGGAAAUGGGAGCGGGAGACGGAGGACGGUAGAAGGGACCCGUAGAGGGUUUGGGCAUAGAGGCAGGAGCGUCGAUACGGCGCAGGAGAGGUUACAUGUUAUAGAGACGAUGGCUACUACGAGCUAUCCUCCUACCCCUCCGGUGCCCGCCAAAACUCGUCGGAUAAAUGGACAGGACACACCAGAACAACCGGGAUUGGCUUUGUCGGCGCUUGCUAUUGGUGCACCCCUCCUCACCUCAGUAAUCAUCUCCACCUUCUCCAUUAUCCAAGCCGAACUCUCUUCAGCCUACCCUUCCCCCUCCACCACACCCCACUCCCGCCCCGCCUCCGCACAAGCCUGCAUAACCCUCAUGUGGAGCGCCAUGAUGAUAUCUCUCGGCGCCGCAUUGAUCUCUGUCGCAGGACUGGCUAUAUCAGCUGGCUAUCAUGAUUCUCAUUCUGGCGUAACGAGGACCGUGGCGCGCUGGUUCGGUGCGUUUUCGAGGAAGAGGAAGGGAAGAGGUUCGACGAGGAUGCAAGGACAAAACCAGCACGGAAGCUUGGAGGAAGUCAAGGUGGAUGACCCGAGGACGAGUCUGAGAUCCACAUUGACGGUCACACCGAGUAUGCAGAGGGGGAAACAACACGCGAGGGGAGGACAAAAGGCUGCUGAAGUCUCCGCUCGGUUGCUAGGCCUCUCCGUUCUCUUCCUCGCUGCAUCCCUGGCCGUAUUCCUGUUCUGCGUCUACCCGACAGGCGUGGCGGUCACUGUCCUUCUUGUCUCGAUAUUCACGGCGCUCGCUUGUGCGAUCCCGCUUUGGACCAUCCUUUCCGAAAAUCCGCUCGACUUCGAACAUUGACCUCAUUGAGCUUUGAAUUUGAACACUGAAGCCUGAUCAUGGACUGUCGAUAUCGAACCUGUCUUUUCUGCGAUUGAUUGCCUGAUUGCCUGUAUGUUUUGUUUACUCCCCCCUCUCGUUUUACGCUCGGACAUGCUACCGCCUCCGGACGAUGUAUAUGGACUAAAUUGGACUGGGAUGUAGAGAUCGAAUUGACUCGGACACCACUGCUACAAAUCAU